GUCCUUCGCUUCAGAGUUCAGAUCUGAUCCGAAGAACACUAAACAAACAAGGUGAGCGAAGCUAACUACCAAAAAAAAAAAAAGAACUCACAUAUUUUGUCAUUUCUUUCCUUCUUUUUGUUUCCCGUGAAAAUCCCAAUUUUCGUCUGUCUGUUUUUCUUGCUUCUGCUCUAACAUUGAGUAAAAAUCAUUACUUGUGUAGAAGUCCAAUUUAGAGGUCAUGGGUCGUGGAGUUAGCAGUGGUGGGGGACAGAGUUCGUUGGGUUACCUUUUUGGGAGUGGAGAAGCUCCGAAACCCACUGCAAAUGGCAAUGUCACUGGCACUAGUACUGCCAGUGAAGUUCCUAAGACCCAGAAUGAGGUUGCUAAGGAAACCCCACAAAAGCCCACCACCACAUCUCCACCAGCAGAUGUUGCUAGGCAGGUUCCAGCAGGCAUUCCAGGGAACAAUGCAAACAACUACUUCCGUGCUGACGGUCAGAAUUGCGGCAACUUUCUUACGGAUCGGCGCACAACAAAGGUUCAUGCAGCGCCUGGCGGUGGAUCCUCCCUGGAUUACCUGUUUGGUGGCAACGAGAAGUGAGGCUUUGGAACCGCUGCUUAUGUUGUCCUAAAGCCCCUAAAGUUUGGGGCCAACAAUAUAUGAAUCUUGUUACAUAAUGAAGACAUUUUGAGUUGUAGUCCGGGUUUGGUGGUUUUAGUAUGUUGGGUUCUUUCCAAUAUUUUAGACUUUGGGAAAGCCAAAAUUGAUCGUCUUCCUAAACGAAGCAACUGCUUACUCUCAGUUGACCAGACUUAUCUAAUCCUUCCAUUUAAUGUCAAAUAUAUUAUGUUGUGAUUGCUUAUUGGUUAUUA